AUGAAUACGAUCCUCGGGCUGGUCCCAAGAAGUCUAUGGAAAUCUGAUUUCUCAAAUUUCGGAUGGAAGUUCUGCUAUACACCCAUGAGCUCCAAUUUCCCUACCACAAAAGAAAACAUAUCUCCACCUCCAUAUUGCGCACCCCCACCUUCUUACAAUGACGUGAGCGGCGCCGUGAUUAUAGGCCAAGAUGGCAAACCUCAAUUUCUAUCACCAGAGGAAGAGGUGGAGCGACAGCAUCGAUUGCAACAAGCGGUGCGGGAGACGAUGUUAGGGUUACCACGAACGACAAAGUUCGAAUGGCACCAGGGAACAUCAACAUCAGCAACAUCAGCGGCGUGGGGGACCACCGGAACUACAGGAAUGGAUGAGUUACAACUACCGCCGUAUACACCCCGAGAGAAGAAAUGA